ACGUGAGAAGGGGCAGACAGCCAGUCAUUGAGUGAGUCUCGCUGGAAAAUCUCUUAGUGUCAGGCUGGUCGACCUCUUGACUUUUAACAAUGUGUGCGACUCGCUGCUUCCGCGUCUCCCCGCCGAGCGCCGAGCGCGGAGUUUCCCAGGCGUGAAGGAAGGGGAAUGGGACAAUCAGACAGAAAGCAACAGCUCACUCUUGUUUUGGUGCCAUGCUCCUGGUUUAGCACUACGAUGGCGGAGAGAGCUGGCCAGCAGCAGCCCCGAGCGACAGCGGCAGGAGGUGGAUUAGGAGCCGGACCAGAUCAGCAUUCACUCUGGCUACACAAGAGUAGUGCGGUGGGCACUUUCUGAACCCUGUCUGCCCUGCAGGGGACCGGUCGGUGGGUGGGAGGGGGUACAGAAUCCGCUGGAGGUGUCUCAGUCUGCCUUUGUUGGGAUCUUUAUCUCCUUCCUACACAACGUCUAUUGCUCACGGGUAUCUACUGAGAAACCUCUUCACCACUUACUCUGCGGAAAGAGGGCAUUCCAGGAGAACAAUUGGGAACAUUUUUUCAUUUAAAAGGGGAGAAGGGCCCCAGACGUGGAAAGUGAAUCCGAAGUUUGCAGGGUUUGAGAAUCCGGGAGCCAGUCGGACGUACCAGCCUUGACCGCCCGCCGCAGGUUUCACUCAUGGGAGCAAAACAGAGCAACCCGACUGCGAACGGUCGGACCCGAGCCUACUCGGGCUCGGAUCUGCCCUCCACCACGGCCAGUAGCAACGGGAACAACCGGUCGGUGGCUGGUUCCAGCGGGUCGGGGACGGGCUCCAGUGCCGGGGUGGCCACUGCCUUGGCCGGCGGCCGCUACCACUACGUGACCCCGCCUGCCGGCGGCCCCAGGUCGGUGGUGCCGGCGGCCAGCAGCCGAAACCAGUCGCUCAACAUUCCCAACAGCGGCGGCACGUACAACUCGCAGGAGGACUCGGAAGGCAGCAGCCCGGAGGAGAGCACGGGGGAGCGCUCAGGAGGUCACGGAGCACCUCGGUUACUCAUCGGCUCUCUCCCCGCUCACCUAUCGCCUCACUUGUUCGGAGGUUUCAAAUGUCCUGUGUGCUCAAAGUUUGUUUCCACUGAAGAAAUGGACUUGCACCUUGUCCUGUGCCUGACCAAACCGAGGGUGACCUACAAUGAGGAUGUACUAAGUAAAGAUACUGGAGAAUGUGCAAUAUGCCUUGAGGAGCUGCAGCAGGGAGACACCAUAGCACGCCUGCCCUGUCUAUGUAUCUACCAUAAAGGAUGUAUAGACUCAUGGUUUGAAGUCAAUAGAUCAUGUCCUGAGCACCCAUCAGAUUAAAAAAUGAAGUGAACCAAAUGAGCUGUUGCUAAAAGGUUUUUCUGCCACUUCUGUAAAUGGAACUAACAGUUCCAAUAAACAGAGGCUGCGAUUGAAUUCCGAAAAGGUGAGGAAAUGCUUAACAGAACGAUGAUCAUUGCCACUUCCUCGGAUUGCUGAAUAAGAAAACUUACCUUCUCCUCUUUAAACAUGGCGGCUACCGAUUCAGUGAUGCCACAUCCUUCAUAUUUUCUGGAUUAUGUUUCAAAAUGCCUGUCAGUAGGCUUUCUUGUCAUUUGGACAUUUUGUGCCACAGAUAUGUGAAAGACACACAACAAUUAAACAAAUUUUCUUUCUACAGCUGAUGUUUAAUUGUUUGAUAAUUAGUUUGUGCCUUUGACAUUUUUAAAAACCAAUUAAUUUGUUUGUAAUUAAUUGUUUUUGGUACAUUUAUUUGCACUAAUUGUGCUGCAAUAGCCAUUUGUGAGAGAUGAGUGAAUGAGUCACAUUUGAUCUUUCUAAAAACAAACUGAGUAGGAUUAUCAGUAUCGUAGGAUGCAACUUGACUUUCCACCUAUCUCACACAAACACUCAAAGGAACUUCAUUGAAGAUACCAGCGAGCAAUGGCAUUCCUCCCAAGUUUCUGAUGGCACUUGGAAAAGCUACAACUGAAAAUGUGAAUUUAAAGAUUAUUGGCACUUUGUUCACAUGCUUAUACGUGGGAAGAAUGUCAGAAUGGAUUUCAUUUCCUCAACCAGAAGAGGUGAUUUACUAUAACCCAGUGAACAAACUACCAGAUCUCCUGGAGAUCUUUAGUAUUGGAUGGCCUUCCAAAGACAAUGAUGCAAUGGGGUAAUGUAAAUCCAUUAGAACAGAAUAUAUCUUCUCUCUGUUUUGGAAUUGUAACAGCAAUGCAUUGACCAAUCAGCCUGAGGAAUCCUCGACACAGCGCCCAAUGAAUGAGAGCACAAUGGAACAUUGACUGCUUUCGGGCACUCUUUCUCCGAGAUGGAUUUAGUAGAAAAUGCUAAUGUUGCAUUAGUAUAGCAAAGGACUGAAGUUAAGACAAGUUGCUUGAGAAGCUGUUUCCCAAAAUAUGAACACUCAUAGGAACAGAGUGCCAAAAGUAGGGAAGGUUUCAAAUGAGUUCCUCCAACUUGCCACAAAAGAGAAAAAAAUGUAUGCUUACCAGCACCUCUCCUUGGUACCUAGCUACCACAAAGUCUUGCAGUAAAAAAAACUGAGCUAUUUUAAUUGGUAGCCGCUAAUAAUGUUAUAAAAAUCUUGUAAACUUUGCUCCACUAUUAGGAGUGACCCUAUCUCACCUCUGGGAGGAAUAAGAGAUGUUAUCACAAGCAAAUCAAUGUUUAAAAAAAUCAAUAAAUUGUUAAUAUGUAAAAACAAAGAAAAAUUACUCUGUGCCUGCUUUGAAAAAAAAGGUUAUACAGAACUAAAAAUGAGCUGCUGAAUAUUUUGAAAUUUUUUUUGUGAUUUUUAAAUCUCAGUGCGUUUAUAGAAAAAAUGCUUAAAUCCGAAAGCUAACUGGUUAAUAAAAUGGACUAAAAUUCUAAGCAGAGGUUGUUUAGUUGAGUUGUGUAAUUAAAGAAAUUUGUAUUUA